AUCCUUAUUCCUGCCUGAUUAUUCUGCCAGAUAAUAUUCGGAUAAUUAUAAUUAAGGUAAUUAGACCAGUUGAUAAUUAGGUGGCCAUCAUGCAGGGCGUAUAUUUUGUUGGUGUGCUGUGUCUCAUUGGGUUUGGUCAGGUGCAGCCCAUUCCUACGUCUGAGCCUGCUAUCAUCGAAGAAGUCAGACAGGGCAGAAUCGUGGCAGGAUGGGAAGCGGCUGAUGGUCAGAUUCCUCACCAGAUCAGUCUGCGCAUGGUCAGCAACGCUGGCGGCGUUUCUUCCUGUGGAGGUUCCAUCAUACACCAUAAUUGGGUCAUCACAGCUGCCCAUUGCGUGGCUAAUCGCAACACUUUCGUCAUACGCUUCGGCCUGACCAACUUGACCCGACCUGAGUACAUUGUGGAGGCUUCAGGGAAAUACAUCCACCCGAGGUACAACGAGAUCCAGGCCGGGGUACAGACUGACGACAUCGCCUUGAUUGGGGUUCAGCAGCACAUACCAUAUGGGAGAUACAUCCAGCCUUGCCGGUUACAGAACAGCCAACAACGCAACAUUGACUACACCGGCGUUGUUCUUACUGUCAGUGGUUAUGGGUUGACUGACGAUGCUAUUAACGGUGGCACCACCUCCGAGGUCCUCCGAUGGGUCCACCUCAGGGGGAUCUCCAACGCUGAAUGCAGACGCUGGUAUAGCACUUCCAACGUCGUCCAAGACCAGACUAUCUGCGCGGAAUACUACAAUAAUACCGCACAGUCUUCUUGCCAGGGUGACAGCGGCGGCCCUCUGACCAAGAUCGAUGAAGACGGUGAGAUCACGAUGAUCGGUGUGGUCAGCUUCGGCUCCACAGCCGGCUGCAACAGUGCCUUCCCAUCAGCGUACGUCCGCCCUGGUCACUACCACGACUGGUACCUGGAGGUGACGGGAAUCAACUUCGACUGGACCCUGGACUCGGAGGAGCAACCCUCGGGAGAGGUCCCUAAUAUCGACGCGCCGAACUUCGUAGAGGUGCCUUACGACACGCCGAUAAUUGUCAACGUUUAAAAAUGCUGAAAUAAAUUAAAAAUAUAUAUAUUUUAUAUGUAUUUUGAAAUAAAGAUCAGUUUUAUUAUUUA